GGCCAUCUUGAGGCCAACUGUACUGCCCAGACCAAUGGAGACGCCCCAGAUUGUUUCAAAUGCGCUGGCAAUCAUAAAUCCCAGGAGUGCGCCAUGGCUGAGAAGAAAUGCAUAAGCUGUGUGAGGGACAUGUUCCUCCAGUAUCUCUCUUUGGUGCCGUUAUCUGACCUAAUCUGCGGGAUCAGAGUGCAGGGUCUUCUUAUCAGCACCGCCCGACGGUGUCGUGCGUGGCACAAUAGCAGUGGCCCAGACACUCGCGGCGUGAUAUUUAGCACGACACCGCCUCAUAGCCACCAGUGACCGACUCCAGCAUAGCCGAGGCGCGCCCUCCUGAAGACCUGACAGACACCACCGCGGCGAGGGGCGCUGCGUCACCACCACCGCGGCCAGCAGGAGGUUGUCAGGCCACCACCACCACCACCACCACCGCGGCCAGCAGGAGGUUGUCAGGCCACCACCACCACCACCACCACCGCGGCCAGCAGGAGGUUGUCAGGCCACCACCACCACCACCACCGCGGCCAGCAGGAGGUUGUCAGGCCACCACCACCACCACCACCACCAGCAGCAGCAGCAGCAGCAGCAGCAGCAGCGGCAUGGCGUCAGCAGGGAAGGGGCCGGGAGACAACCCCGAGGAGUGUCCAGUGUGCCUGACAGGCUUUGAUGACUCAGUACAGCGGCCACGCACUCUGCCCUGUGGCCACACAGUCUGCACACUGUGCACAGAUAAGCUGAAGGAGCAGGGCCGUGUUACCUGUCCGGAGUGCCGCGUCAGCCAUGCCGUGCCCGAGGGCGGGCAGUUCCCUGUUUGCUAUAUAGUUGAGGCCUUCAUUAGAAGGAUGAGAGAUGACAAGGCGGCAGCAGCAGCAGCAGCCUCGCCGCCACCCAGUGCCGAGAAGGGGAAAGGGGCAGCAGGAUCAGCUGGCAAGAAGAGAGCAGCUGGUCUCUCCAAGGAAAUGCGUUCCCUUCUGCAGGAAAAGGAGGCCACAGUUGUGGCCGCCAUCACCGCCUGCCAGGAGGCUCAGUCCCAGCUGGACCAGUAUGAGGCCACCCUGACAGGCUGGGGCGAGCGGCAGCAGCAGCUGGAGGACAGCCUCCAGGGACUGGUGGACCAGAGCAGGAGUUCCAGGGAGCUCCUGCAGCAGGAAAAGUUCCGUGUGGCACCGAAGAGGAAGGAGGCAAAGAAGAAGGAGCAGGAGCUGCAGGCUGUGCGGGAGAAGUUGCGCACUCGUGCAACAGAGCAAGAGGCACUCAAGAUGGUUGCUGAGGUGAUUCACUUCACCAGUGAGGCGGAGCAGGUGUUGGAGGAGUGCCAGCAGUGUUUCCCUGACGCCGGCAUCCUCACCACCGCCAGGAAGGUGAGAGAGGCAUCUAGUGCAGCCUGGAGGCCGCCAAGGCUGUCCAGGCGGCUCUGGAAACUGUUUCUAUAGAAGAACCCAGGCCCCAGUCAGUCCCAGAAGAACCCAGGCCCCAGUCAGUCCCAGAAGAACCCAGGCCCCAGUCAGACCCAGAAGAACCCAGGCCCCAGUCAGACCCAGACCUCACCAUCAUGGAAAAAGUGCAGUUCAUCUUAAAGCCAAGCUUGAAGGCCGAGGACUUCCGCAGUCUGACACAGCGCACCAGGAGCCUGCUGCAGGCUGGCCGGGUGUUUGCUGUGCACCAGGUGGAAGGUCAGCGCCGACACGCAAGAAUAAGCCUCGAAGCCGGCCGGCCGUGCCUCCAUGCCCUGGCGGACCAUCCCCCGCCACUGGGCGCGUCAACCCUGCAGCUUGGGGGCCGCCCUCCAAGGCUGCGGUGCCUCGGCCUCGGCCAGUCCCAGCCCUCCUCUUUGCCUCUCCGUUCUUGCCGGCAUCUGGCCAGUAGCUGUCCCACGCUGCUUCUUGUCUGCUGCGUCCCUCACCAGGGCCUGCCUUGUGUUCAGAGCUUUAGUGACCUCAGCCACAGCCUUUUCCUGCCUUUCCCUCGGGUGUUCUAGAAGCUCCUGGAGGUUGGCAGUUUAUGCUAACAGAAAUUUUCCUUUCCAACCCUGUUGCUUUUCCUCAGUUUUGUUGGUUUUCCUUCUGUCUCUUUUUACUUCCUUUAUUUACAUUUGUGUGUGUGUGUGUGUGUGUGUGUGUGUGUGUGUGUGUGUGUGUGUGUGUGUGUGUGUGUGUGUAUUUACCUAGUUGUAGUUUUCCAGGGCCUGGGCUUAC